UCCAUGUUAUAACUUUGGCACACAAUUUUGUUACCUUAUUUCUUUUCAAACAAAAAAUAUAUAUAUUUGGAGAUUCUUCUAAUGGCGUUUUCUACAUUUUCUUUGUCCAUUACAAUCUUCUUAAUGAUUUUGCAGGUGUUAUGGAAUACUAGCAUGUAUGUGAAUGGAUGCUAUACGUCCAUCUUUAGCUUUGGUGACUCCCUGGCCGACACCGGAAACAUUAAACAAAUCGCCUCCAUAACCCACACAGACGUUGAGGCUCUUCGGUGGCCUUACGGAGAAACCUUCUUUCAUCAACCCACAGGUCGUGCCUCCAAUGGUCGCCUCCUCAUCGAUUUCCUAGCUGAGAGUCUUGGGUUGCCAUUGAUACCACCGUUUCUGCAUGACAAGGAGGAUGACAAAGUGGUGGAAUUUGGACAAGGAGUUAAUUACGCGGUGGUGGCUGCAACAGCAUUGGAUACAUCGUUUCAUGAAGCAAGAGGGACCGUUAAUGCGGCGGCAAAUGUUUCUUUAGGAGAUCAAUUGAGAUGGUUUAAACAAUCAUUGCCUUUUAUUUGCAACAACACUUCAGACUGUAGAAACUUAAUUGGGCGUUCUCUGAUCCUAAUGGGAGAGAUUGGUGGAACCGAUUACAACAAUCCAAUAGUUGGUAAUAAACCAAUCGACGAGCUAAAUUCAUACGUUCCACUUGUUAUUGAUACCAUCAUCUCAGCAGUUAAUGAACUAAUUAAUAUGGGAGCUCAAACACUGGUUGUUCCAGGAACCUUUCCAAUUGGGUGUUCUGGUAUGAUCCUAACAAGCCAUUUUUUUGAAAAAGAAGAAGAGUAUGAUAAUAGAACCGGUUGCCUCAUCAAGUUCAAUACACUUGCUGAAUACCACAAUGAACUGCUGCAAUCCAAACUAAACCACCUUCGAGAGAUUCAUCCGAAUGUUAUCAUCAUCUAUGCUGACUACUACAAUGCUGCCAUGCAGAUUAUCCGUUCUCCAGAUAAAUUCGGAUUCAUAGAAAUGGUUCUGAAGUCAUGUUGUGGUGGAGGAGGUCCGUAUAAUUAUAAUCCCUUGGCGAAAUGUGGAUAUGAAUUUGCGACUACGUGUGUUGAUCCCAAUAUGUAUGCUUACUGGGAUGGAAUACACUUUACAGAAGCAGCAUACCUAAUACUUUUCAAAAGUUUAUUUCAAGGCCCAUAUACUACACCCCAAUUUAAUUUGUUGUGUCCUUCGUCAACAUUCAAAGACGGAGUUGGGUUAUCGGGUUCACAAUUGCAAUAGAGACCUCUUAGAACUGGAGUCGAAAAGGGAGAUGUGCAUUUGCUAGAAAAAAAUGCAAUAUAUAGUUAAAAUAAAUAAUAAGGACAUGGCAUCUACAAUCCACAUUUAGAGGAAACGUGAAGGGGGUGCAAUUAAUGUAUUAUAAGGAAUAAAUGGUUAUGGAGUUCAAUGGUCAUUGCAUCAUUCACUGAGAAAUAAUAAAUUGUUUUAAGGGUACGUUUGGAUUGCUAGAUUCUCUUUGUGGGAUAUGUAAUCUAUCAAACCAUUUGGAGUUAGAUGGAUUUAGACUUAUAAAGACUCAAAUGGUAUUGUGUGUUUGCAUAAUAUUUUGAACAUAAUUAAAAUUCAUUAUGUUUACAAUAAUGUUUGGUUUAUAAAAGAUUUUGAAUGUA